AUGACUUUAAAACGGCCCUAUCCCUUCGGAGACGAUCAUGCACAUAUGUCUUACUACACGCAACAAGAACAUGCUCGUGAAGCCACGCCGAUCGAUGAGCCGUUGUGUCUACUGGGCUCGGUAAGGCCAAUGCAUUCAGAUCAGAUCAUCGUUCUGAGUUCUUUACAGGUUCUCGACGUGAACGCACAGGCUCGACGUGAAGUAUGCGACUUCAUCCGCCUGACGUAUCCUCCCGAAACAGACCAGCACGAUAUUCCCUUCGAGAUCCUUCCAAAAGGCGAUUACUUUGAGCUUCUCAGCAACGGACACGCAUUUGCACGUCUCGACAAAGCCUUCUGUAGCGAAGCUCGCCGACUCGUGGGACUUGAAGUCAGGUUUCAGGCGUACUUGAAACGAGGAUGUUGGGAAGAAGCUGCGAGGGCAUCGAGAUCAUGUGUAAAUGCAACAGUGACGUUCUCCGUCGACGUGAACGUGAAGAGCCUGAGAAACCAUGCUGACAAGGUCGGCAACAUCCUGCUUCGGUCUGGAAUUCGCUUGCAAUCCCCGACUCACAAUCCUGGUGGAGAGACCUACUAUAACCCUCAGAUGCUUCAUAUUGAGGGACCCUUUGAGAAACCUGACGACAUAAUGACUGAGCCGGAGGGUACACCAACGCCUGCUGUCGUCCUAGAUCGACCGGCUCAGAGCAAUGCAAAGCCGCGCCCAAAUUCUCAAAACCAUGUUGAACAAAUUCUCGACUCCCUCUCUCACACGAAUAUACUACACGAGAUCCGUACCGAUACUAACCGCAUCAAGAGCACACUCAUGAGACACCAGAUGAUGGCGCUAGACUUCAUAGCACAGCGGGAAAGCAGUAGACCUUCUGCAGAGCUUACCUUUUGGCGAGAAAAGCGUAGAAAUGGUGAAACCUAUUUUCAGCAUAAACUUACAAAGUCCGAGGCAACCGAGCGUCGGGAGGCUAGUGGAGGUAUUCUUGCAGACGACAUGGGAUUGGGCAAGUCGUUGACGAUGUUAUCGGCCAUUGCCAGCUCUCUGCAGGAGGCGGAGAGGUUUGCCUCGAUCAAACCAGCAAAUGCAGAAGCGUUAUCAGAUAUCCCGAAGCACUCGCCGGCGACCUUGAUCGUCGUCCCAUCCACCAACUGUCCCACUAACGCUCACAGACACACGUUUCCGCAUAAAGUAACAUUCCACAAACACCUCAGUACGGAACGCCAUGCAGAAAUAAACUUGUUAUUUAAGAAGGAUAUUGUUUUGACCACAUAUGCCACCGCCUUGGAAGACACCAAGAAAAGCCCGUCACCCCUGUCAAAGAUUCACUGGUUUCGCAUUGUAUUAGAUGAAGCCCAUAAGAUACGGAAUCAAAAUACUAAGAUGUUCAGGGCGGUCCAACAACUUCCGGCGCAGCGGCGUUGGUGUCUUACCGGAGCGCCCAUUCAGAAUCGCCUCGAAGAUUUGGGCAGCCUGGUCGCUUUCCUUCGACUCAGAGAGCUAGCGCGCAUGUCGAAUUUUCGCACCUACAUCAUCACACCAACGCUGAGUGAUCGGGGAAAUCAGUUCGCAAAUCUGCAGACACUACUGAGAACCAUCUGCCUUCGGCGAACCCGGGAUAUCCUUGGCCUACCUCAGCCGAUAACCCACCCACGGUCCAUCAGGUUCUCCGAUGAGGAGCGCCAUCAGUACACUGACCUAUACGAGCACUAUAAGCGACAGAUCCAGAUCGCGGUUAGUGGAAACGGAAGAUAUGCCUCUACUACCCUCCAGUCCAUCCACGAAUUGCGACUCUUCUGCAACAAUGGCCUGAGAAGGAGACAGGAUGAACCCCACGAGUCAGACGAUGAGACGCUCUCUUAUCUGCUGCAGCUUGAAGAGAACGCGUGCUCCAAUUGCGGGACCAUCAUCUUUUGCAUCGACAAAGAGGAGGGUCAAAAUCGAGGUAUGUUUAUCCGACCAUGCAGGCAUCUGGUCUGUCACAGCUGCUGGCCUCAAUGUGUGGAGAAAAAGAAAGAUACACGUUGUCUACUCUGUACAAAGGGCCAUCCCACAUCUGAUUUUACCACUCAUGUCACUACCGUAAAGCUUAACAGUGCGGCCAACGAAGUUGUGCGCCCUCACCCAUCCAAACUGUUGGCUCUUCUCGACGACAUUAAACAAACGCAUAGGGAAAAAUGUAUCGUCUUCUCUGCCUGGAAGAAAACCUUAGACCUCGCGGCUGGACUUCUCACCCAAGCUGGAUUGAAACAUAGCAUGAUGCACGGAGGCCUAAGCUCGAAACAGAGGCAAAAAGUCUUGAAAGACUUCAAAUCUCUCAUGGGUUCUAAUAUCCUCCUCAUGACACUGGGCACAGGCGCUGAGGGGCUUAAUUUGACCGUUGCGACACACAUAUACCUGCUCGAACCACAAUGGAACCCUUUUGUUGAACUACAGGCGAUGGCAAGAGCGCAGCGUAUUGGGCAGACCAAGCAAGUAGUCUGCGUGAGAUAUGUGAUGGAAGAGACCAUUGAGCAGAGCGACGUACUGAAUCGUCAGAAAACAAAGACAAGACUCGCUGGCGGAGGUUUCAAGAACCAGAAUAUGAACGAUUCACUGGUGAGAUAGCCAGUUCGAUAAGUGCACGGGUUCAUGCUAAAAGUCAACAGCAAUUCUUUGGCGUUGACACAACACGCAUGGCGAACAAUACUACGACGUACCGCCGCAAUGCCUGAUACAAUAUGUCUUUGAGUUAUUAGAGACUUCGGAACGUAUCGAGGCAACGGGAGUGCCACGUAGUAAAUUGAAAAACGCUGAAGUUGGACGGUGCACGUGGAGCUUGUAGAAUAAUAGCAAAGCCAAUGCAGUGCAAGAAUUCCGUUUC